AUGUGCAGUCAUGUCUGCAUGCUUGGCUCCCAGCAAGCCACAUAGGGUCUGCCUCUGGAAUGACCAUUUCCCUACCGUAGGACUUAGUGGAAUAGUUCUGCCUGGUAUACUGUGUAUACAACUCUGAAGCUCUGGCAUGUCCCAGUGCAGGGAAGGACUCCAUCAACCUGAGCACUUUGGAUGCUGAUCUGAACAUCGAGAACCUAUUUUGCUGUAUUCAAAGAUUUGCAGGGUAAGAUGCUUUUCCCAUGGGCCACCAUCUUGAAAUUGAGCAUUGUUGUUCCUCUUUCUAUUGCCUAUAAACUUCCAGCUCAGAACAAUGGACAUUUGGCUUUGCUAAAUGAUGAAAUCUUGCAAGACCCGUCAAAGGGGGCACAUGAGGGCAAAAUGGAACUGCAAUAUUCUAGCUUAUUACGUAAGAAAAGGGAAGAUGCUAAUAAAUCUGCAGAUGCUGUGCAGGAGGACAACAGCACACUGAUUUCAAAUACAUCUGAUGCUAUUAUUGCAACCAGCAAAACAAUGUCACUAUUAGAGAAAUCCACUGAAGCACCCAUAUCUGUGACCCACUCAGAAUCAAGUCUAGAUGAAAGUGAAACUAAUAGCAUUUCACCUGACCAAGAAUCAACUCCAACACCGCUCAUUCACCAGUCUACAGAUUCUCUGGAUCAUAUUUCAUUCCUCAGUUCCACAGCCUCUCCAGAUGUAACUUCUGGCACCAAUAAAGGAUUUGAGGAAACUACUAUCUCUGAUCACACAGAAACUAUUCAAACGAUUUAUUCGACUAACCAAUCAGAGAGCGCAACAGGUCAUGUGAAUGAAUAUAAAACAUUUAGUCCCCCUUCACAGUUUUCUACAAAAUCACCCUCUGAAUCUAUAGUGACAUCAACAAAUCAUCCCAGGGAACCCAAUAACACCACCAAACAGAAACCAGAUGAUUCCACUUCAUCUUCUAAAACAAUGGUUGUAACAUUCAUAACAACAUUUGCAGAGCAGUCCCCUCCUGUACAUUCCCUCAUGAGGCAAUGCAUGUUGGCUAUCUUGAUUUUAGCUGUCCUAUGCACAAUCUUUCUCAUUUCUACUAUUGCGCUUGCUGCUAAGCUUUCCAGAGUUAAGAGCCGCUACAAGAUGCGGCAGUCACACUUCACAGAGAUGACCUGCAUCACCUCUCUCCUUCCGGAAAGUGACCAACAAAGUAAAGUGAAGCCAAAGAAGAUGAAAACAUUUGCUGCCAGUGUAGAGGAGAGUGAUGGAGAUAAUACAACUCUCAACAGCUUCCUGCCUGAUCACUAGAACAAUCUGCUAUUAAGACUUUACUGAGGUCCAAGUUAAUGAAGCAAGUCACCAAGUCCUAAUUAUAAAUUUCCCUUGUUCUUUUGUCUUGCAGAUUGUCUAAGUGUGACCUUAUUCCUCCGUAUUAUUGUCAAAUGUCAAUGCAGGACAUUUGGAAAGCAUAGACACUCUUCUUGGAACAGUUAAUACGCACUAAAGUGGUACUACUGCCACCUGUAAUGAGAGAUGGGAGGCGGAAUAGUUGGGGUCUUCAAUACAUGAAUCUGUCUGACUGUGAGUGUGUGUGUGCGUGUGCAGAAAAAGGGCCUGUUUUUGAAAGCAGUGCAUAAACAGUUCAUUUCAAAUAUUGGCAUUUUUCUAUAGUACAAAUGAAAGAUAUGCAAUAAGUUUACCCCACCUUAAACAACAGGAAGAAAGAAGGGCUCAUUUAUAACCACAGCUGCAGCAGAGGUUGUGUACAUAUGGAUGUAGUUUGUGCAGGGAACAGCACCAUUCAUUAAUGGGUCCAAAGCCACUCAUUGCACUUCUGCAUAUUUGUGCUUGGCGCUGCUCAGUCCUUCCUGCCUUCCAUUUUAAAUCAGGAGCUGCUGCACCUAUUGACGGAAGGAAACCCUGGAGCUACCACCACCUCCUGACCAUUGCAUCAAAAGCGAAAAGCACAUUUUGACGCAAGUACCUUUAAUGAAAGUGGUUUUAGGUGCAACUGACUGGGGAGAAAAGCACAUGUUGCCCAUUGCGCUUGUGGAUGUAUAUGAGCCCUAGAGUGUAUAAAUGUGGGCUUAAAGCUUUAAGUUUAAAGGAGUAAAGGAAGGAAAAACAGCACAAGACUUUAUAGUGUGAAACUGCAAAUCAGUAACUAAGACUUUUUAGCAGACAAAAUCAGAGAUGAGUCAGGGAGUGAAAGGAAGCAAGAGAGAGAGGGGCUGAUCAGAGCACAAGAUAAAGGGAGUGGUAAUGGUGUAGGGGAGCAUGUUUGUGGGAACCAGGCCCCAGGGUCGAGAUGUUUUGAUACUUCAGUUUGCACUGUAAGGAAAUGUUUGCAGUUUCACAUUGCUCCACCCAUCUGAUAAUACUUUUCACUGAUAACUGGAGAAUACACAUUUAGAUCUGGAGCAUACACUUGAAAAAAUGUUUGGUUUUUUACUUUUUUUUAAUAUGUGUUAAAUAUUCUGUGUAAAUUAGUUUAUACUUCUGUCUUAAUAAAAAAGGAUUAAAUAUGA